AGCGUGGAGCGUGCAGUGGGUCGAUUAAGACGCAUUUGCGAAUGAACUUUGUGCUAGUGACCUCACUGGAAUGGCUGCUUCCAUACGUUUAUUAAAGCACUGUUUUAUGGUCAAGACAGGCAGACACUUAAAGAAUUUACCCAUUGUUCAUUUACACAUCACCAGUACAAUGAAAAGAGCAUCUGAACAUGAUUUUAAUCUUGCAAAGGAACAACUGAAGACACUAAAGAAAGAUCCAGGAAAUGAAAUGAAACUUCAGAUAUAUGCACUUUUUAAACAGGCAACACAAGGUCCUUGUAAUGCCCCAAAACCUGGUAUGCUUGACUUUGUCAAUAAAGCAAAAUGGGAUGCCUGGAAUUCUCUUGGCGGGUUGCCUCAGGAGCAAGCAAGACAAAAAUAUGUUGAUCUUGUGUCAUCUUUGAUGUUGGCUGAAGCCCCAAAACAGACUUCAAACUCUGCUGUUGAUGGUACAUCAAAAUAUAUGAAAAUCCAGUUGACCACUGAAAACAACAUCACUACUAUUCGUUUAAACCGACCUAAUAAGAAAAAUGCCAUUACUGUUGAGAUGUACAUGGAGAUCAUGCAGGCGCUAAAAGAAGCUGCUGAAGAAGACUCUGUGUUAACUGUUCUGACAGGUAAUGGUGACUAUUACUGCAGUGGGAAUGACUUAAAUAAUUUUAUGAAUGUUUCUCCUGAUAACAUUAAACAGAUGGCUAAAGAUUCAGGAGAACUGCUUAGAAACUUUGUAAGUUCAUUCAUUGACUUUCCUAAACCAUUGAUUUCAUUGGUUAAUGGUCCUGCUGUUGGAGUGUCUGUCACUUUGCUUGGAUUGUUUGACAUUGUUUAUGCCACUGACAAGGCUACAUUUCACACCCCUUUUAGCCAGCUAGGACAGAGUCCAGAAGGAUGUUCAUCAUACAUUUUUCCAAAGAUAAUGGGUUCAGCAAAGGCAAAUGAAGUCCUUUUGUUUAACAAAAAGUUGACUGCUCAUGAAGCAUGUAACCUAGGAUUGGUCACAGAAGUCUUCCCUGACAGCACCUUUCAGAAGGAGGCAUGGGCCAGAGUCAAAGCUUAUGCAACUCUUCCAAAAAAUUCACUGGCUUAUUCAAAGCAGCUAAUCAGAGAAGUAGAGAAGGAAAAACUUCAUAAAGUGAAUACCCAAGAGUGUGAAAGACUGGUGGAAAGGUGGACUUCUGAUGAAUGUUUCAAUGCUAUCAUGAGCUUCUUUCAAAAUAAAGCUAAACUGUAAUUGGAAAAAUGUUUGUAACUGCUUUAUGCAGUGCUUUAUAUUACUAUGGAGAAAAUAUUGAUUGUAAAUAAUUAGGUGUUUUCAAUCAGAAGGAAGAACUAUAGCUAUUUCCCUUAAUGAUACACAUUUUUGUGCUUUAUGUGUCUUCUGAAUAACCUGACUAAUUAACAACUAUGAUAUAACUGAAUAAAAGUAGCCAUUAGGCUUUUGAUUACUGUUA